AUGUUGAAGUGUAUAAAGAAUACGGGAUAUUUUGAUGAGGAAGUAGAUGAUACAGAUGAAGAAAAUGAGGAUGAAGAGAACGAAGAGGACGAAGAAGAGGAAAAUAGUAGAAAUGAAGAAGGGAAGAAUAAAGGGGAAGAGGAGAAUGAGAGGGAAGAGGAAAAUGAGAAUGAGAGUGAUGAUGGGGAUGGGAGUAAUGAUGGGGACGUGAAUGAAGAGGAAGAGGAUGAAGUGGAGGAAGAAAAUGAUAAUAGUGAGUAUAGAAAUGAUGAUGAUAAUAAUGAGGACGAAAAUGAUGAGGAGGAUUGGUAA